AGAUGCCAGGGUGGCUGCCAGGCAGGCAACCAGGGCCACCAUGGUGAGACAACGGGUGGACGCGGCCCUGGGGCUGCUGGAGCGCUUGGUGGCCGCGUGUGACGAAGCCAAUGCCUUCCCCCGGGAGCUGCAGCGCCUGCUCAGGGACAUCAAGGCCGCUCUGGAGAGGACAAGCAAGGCAUCCCCCAAAGUCCCUGAGGCCUUGGUGGCCAAGGUGGCCAUGGCUGAGCGGCUGUGGGAGGCCAACAUCAGCCUGGUCACGCGUCACCUGCUGGGGGCAGUUGAUGACAUCAUCACAUUCUAUUUCACUGGUGCUCCCGCCAGCCCCAGUGCCUGUGGUGUGGCCGAGCGGUGCCGAAGAGCCCUGGAGGACAUCCCAAGGCUCCUUCGACUCCCAGAGCAUCACCAGAGUUUCCCCAAGGUGUCCCCAGUGAGCAUGGAGCCCCAAGAGGUAUCCCCUCCGCAGCUGCAGGCGCUGGUGGCCGUGGUGGCCACCCUGGGCCAGGUGGUGGCCACCGUGACCGGGCCACAUAGGGACAAGUCCCCAAACUCCUUGCAUGAGGACCUGAAGAACUUCACCCGGAGCCUUCAUGCAAUCUUGAACCAUGGCGGUGUCACCUCCCUAGGCCACCCUGCUGUCCCUUCCCUGGGCCAGGCCCUGGCCACUCUCGGGGCCACCCCUGGGACCACCUGUGCCAAUGUGAAAGCCACAGCUGGUGCCUGGCGGGAGGUGGUGGCCAGGCUCGUGGACAGCUGGGACUGGCUGGCCAGGGAGGCCACCAAACUCUGUGACAACCACAGGAAGUUGGUCACGGAGCAGCACCUGUUGGAGGCCCUGGACAAAGAGGAGGUGGCCAAGGAAAUGGCCAUGCACAAUGCCCAGGUGGCAGCAGCCACCAAUGAGGGCAUGGCAGAGGCUGGGGUGGCCACCAGGAGAGGACACUGGGCAGUGGUGGCCCUGGGGCUGCUGCAGCACUUGGUGACCACGUGUGACAGAGCCACCUUGUUCAGCUGGAACAUGGAGUGGAGGCUCAGGGACAUCGAGUCCAUCCUAAAGGGGAAAAAUGAGAUGUCUCCUGAUGUCCUCCAGGCCUUGGUGGCCAAGGUGGCCAAGUUUGAGUGGCUGUGGGAUGCCAGCACCUGCCUGGCCAAGGAUCACCUGCUGGGGACACUUGGGGACAUCCACGACCUCCUCUUGAGUUCCUGUGGCGGCCCAGGUGGCCCCAGCAGCCGCACGGUGGCCGAGCAGUGCCAAAAAGCCAUCGAGGACAUCCCAAGGCUGCUGCAGGAAAGUUUCACAUAGGGGCAGAGACAUCAUCAGGGACAUCGCUGCUGUCACCUGUCCCCUCCCCAUGCAGUAUUUGAGACAAAUAUGGGGAAUUUUCAAUGAUACUGUCCCAAAUCCUUAUGGGAAUUCCUGGGGUGACAUCACUGGGGACACUCUGGGGACACUCAGGGACAGGGGACAGGGGUGAAAGACUCCCCUCAGACACUUCCAGCUUUCCAUCAUGCCUGCAGCCCAGCUGGGUCAUAAAUGACAGUUUAAUAAUUGCCUUUUGCACUUUUCUAUUGCCUUUUGCACAUUGUUAUUGAUCACCAGAAAUUUGAUAUGGUAUUUGGUACUGAUAUUGAUUAUUGGUGAUUCCUUGUAGCUGCUGGUUGGUGCAAUAUAAUCUGUCAGUUCAUGUGUGCACCAUAUAACCUAUAAGUAAAUAAAUAAAUAAAUAUCCUGUAUAUAAAUCA